CGGAGGACUCCUUUGAAGAUUAUGGUCGGAUCCUGCAGCAGAUAACAGAUUAAGCUGCUUAUCAUGGUGGAGGGAGCGCCAGCGAGUAACUCGUUGACUGAUCCCUGAUAAGUCAUCCCUGAUGCAUUCGUUCCACAUGGCGCUUACCCCUCAUUGGCAUCUGCUCGUCAGAGGUCAAACCAACAUAAAAAACCAACCUCUUCCUCUCUUGUCCACUCCUCAACUUCAAUCCGACCGCCAAUAUGGCGCCUUUAAUCGUUGACAUCCAUACUCAUGUCUACCCUCCCUCGUAUAUGCAGAUGCUUCGUGCGCGCAAAACCGUCCCCUAUGUCCACGACCCAGCCAACAAUGCUACUCCUCGUCUCAUCAUCCUCUCGUCCGAUGAUGACCCGUCUAUCCCCAUCGAUGAGCGCGGUCGCCCGGUGGAUUCUUCUUACUCAGACAUCAAUGUGAAACUGGCAUUCAUGCGGCGCCACGGAAUCAACUCCAGCGUCAUCUCAUUAGCGAAUCCUUGGCUAGAUUUCCUUGAACCCGAAGAAGCGCAGACAUGGGCGGAGCGAAUCAACGAUGACCUCGAGUCAACCUGUGCGCAAGUGAACAAGGACGCAGAUCCAGACCAGACAAAGGCACUUCACGAGAAGGAGACGUUGUUUGCUUUCGGAGCACUUCCACUUAGUGCCCCGAGUCCCGAUAUUGUCGUGAAUGAGAUUAAAAGGUUGAAGACAUUGCCACAUCUACGAGGAGUGAUUAUGGGAACGACAGGACUGGGCAAAGGCUUAGAUGACAAUCGGCUGGAUCCGGUCUGGGGGGCAUUACAAGACACGGGGUCGAUGUUGUUUCUACACCCGCACUACGGGCUCCCGGAUGAAGCGUUUGGUGGUCCAGAGGUGAUAAGCCGCUACGGUCAUGUUCUUCCACUGGCUCUAGGAUUCCCACUCGAGACAACCAUUGCGGUGACGCGAAUGUUUCUGGCGGGCGUAUUCGAUCGCUUUCCGCGGCUGAAGAUCCUGUUGGCUCAUUCUGGAGGCACGCUUCCCUUCCUUGCCGGUCGGAUUGAGAGCUGCAUUGUCCACGAACGCAAGUUUAUCGCCAACGGGGGGGAUGUGCCUGGUCCGCAACGGAGUGUGUGGGAUGUUCUAAACACCAAUAUCUACCUGGAUGCCGUUGUGUAUGGUACUGCUGGGUUGAAGGCAGCGGUUACUGCGGCGGGCGGAACUGAUCGUCUGCUCUUCGGUACUGAUCACCCAUUCUUUCCUCCUCUAGGUGAUGAUGAGGAAGAAUGGCCUAGUGUAACGACUAAUUACAAGGCAAUCCACGCCGCAUUCGACACGGAUGGAGAUGCUGCCGCGGGCGUCUUGGGUGGCAACGCUGCUCGUAUCCUAGAUUUGAAAUAGGCUCUAAAUCUGAGAUGCUACCAGAUUCAGCAUCACAUGGAUAUUAUGUCUUAUAAUUUUCGUCGGGCGUCUCAGUGAGAUUGCACGCUCUAAUGAAGAUAGCAAUCAAUGGAUCAUUCUUGUCAAGAUCAGUAAGUCAUAC